CUCCUCCACUGCCUCAUAGAUAAAUACUGAGCAAACUUUCAUUUCUGAUUAGAGGCUGCGUAGCACUGCACACUGUUUGUCUGAUACUGGAGAGCUUUUCCACAGCCAUGAAAGUACUUCUUGUUGCUGCAGUGGUCGUCCUGAUCCACGGCAGUUAUGCCACUUUGCUCAUUAAAGGGCCGACCCAACAGGUUCUGGAGGGAGACAGGGUCACACUGGAGUGCAGCUACUCAGACUCUGAGCUCAACAUCAGCCAGGUCCGCUUUGAGGUCUUCUCCAAGUAUAUGCAGGGCUGGCAUCAGAUCUACGAGCGCUCUUGGUGCUUCUACUCGAUGGAAACCGAGCUGACAGCUGACAGCCUGCUCCUGACUAUCCCCCACGCAGGGAGUUACUUUCAGGGGCCUUAUCGCUGCGUGUCCACCGCGGAAAAUGUGACCGAGCCAGACAACUCCUCCCAGCCGCUGGCCUUCAAAGUGCAUUACAUGGGGGAAGUGUCACUGACCAGGGAAGGCUACACCCGCUACCUGGGUGUCCCGAAGGACCUGAAGGUGCAACUCAGGGAUGACGUGGUGCUCAAGUGCUCUGCCAGCUCGUCGGAGGAGCUAAGCUACUUCUGGCACAAGAAGGGUAGCGACUGGAUCCUGCCGUCCUCGACGCUGACACUGAAGAAGGUGAGCGCGGAGGAUGAAGGAGAGUACACUUGCAGGGCUCAAAAUCCUGCCGUGGAAUCACUCAGCAAGAAACAAUCAGUCAGAAUCACCGUUCUUCCGGAGGAUGCCCCCUGGUACAAGUCCAGUAAUGGCCGUCUCAUUCUGAUGACCUCGGCGGCGGCUGUGGCUCUCUUGGUGUUCAUCCUCUCUGUGAGCGUGUUCCUGUGCCGCAGGGCCAAGCACACCAAGACCAUCAAGGGACCGAUCGACGACCACUCCCAGAAGAAGCCCAUCUACCGAGGCAGCUCGGAGUCCCUGCCCUCUGCCUGCGGAGACAAACAGCCCCUGGUGUGACUGCACAGGCAGGUGGAAGGAUGGGGGAGAUCGGGGAGGAAGAUAGAGCGAGAGGCAAGGAAGAUGGAGUGGGUGGCCAAGAAAUGAGGGAUGGCAUAGAAGGUAUACUGAAAGAAGGAGGAAAUGGUAUAGGAUUGUGGAUGGUCACAUUGGUGGAGGAGAGAGGGAGGACAUGGAGGGAGGCAAGCUGGGUGUGAAAAAACCUGAAGGGCAAAUGGAUGCUUUAGAGAACCUGCUUUGCUUGUGGGUGUAUGCAGUUAUACAUCAGGAACACAAAGGUGGGCAAUUUCCUCUUCACUUAUUCCGCAGCGUGGAAAAUGGUGAGCUACGUUCUUAACAAAUACCAAUGCGGUGGCGGCGGGGGGGCCUCUUGUGUACUGUACGAGCUGAAAAGACUCGACGUACAAUCCUCUCCUUUCUGUUGCAAACAUAAUUGCUGAGCUGUGUAUUACCAAUAAACCAGUUGGGUGACGGGGCAAGGUUUUAUUUUGUUGAUUUGUUUCCCUUACAACAUUUUUUUUUUCAACCAGCUCAAAGAAUCUGUGAAAAUGUUGUUAUGAUCUCCGUGCCGUUGCAGCUCUCAAGCACAUUGCACUUCACCGUUUAAUUUACUGUACUUUGUAUUUCUUCUAAUAUUAAAUGGCUUUUUUUACUUUC